AUGUCUGACCAUAUCUUCUAUAUUUACUCAAACCUGUCCUCUGUUCCCUGGGAGGGCAGUGCAACAGCAGCAGUUGCUCCCGUUUCUCCUCCUACACCUGGUCACUACCAUGUCCUCUACCGAGGGUGUGGAAAAACGCAGUUGGGCCGGCAUGAGGAGACAUACUGCCUAGUUGGUGGCUCCGGGGCCUAUGGGGAUGUUCCUUUGGCCAAGCCAGCAAAGGUGGAAGCAGAGACGCCAGUCUCCAGACGUUGUCCCAAGAGAAAGCACAAUCCGGAAAAGUCGGACAAAGACCUGGGUUGCUCCAGAACCAAAACCCAGCGAUUGCAGCAUUCAAGCAGCUCAGGAAUACAAGACUGCCCCUCCUCCUGA